AUGUCGACGGACGACGCGUUAUUCCAGCCGCAGCGAACGCGCGCGCGCUAUCAACUGGAGGAGCUGCUAGCCAAGGCUGAGCGCAGUGCGACGCAUGAAGCCGGCAAGACGACCAACACAAGCACACAGCGACCGCGAUACCGUGAUUUCUCGAGUCAGCUCAACGACGCAACCAUCUACGAUCCAGAGCCGCUGGUGUUUCCGAACAGCACGCUCCACUCGCAGAGCCAUCUCGGUGGGCUAUCAGUGUCUGGUUUCGAUGUGGAUGAGGAUGCGGAUGCGGGCGACGAAGCUCAAGCUAGAGAUGGACAGAGAGCGGAAAUCGACGCAGAUGGCGAGGGCAGUGAAGCGGGUACAAUUUUCUCAGACUCUGUCGCUACAAAUACAUCUCCACGUCCCAGUACACCACCACCGCUUACAGCAACAGAUAACGAAGAAACUCCGCUCAAAGCCUCUCUGAGCGCCCUCAGUCGCCCGCCCUCUCAGCGUCCAUCGCCUGCGCCAUUCGGCAGAUCACAGAGCGUGCCUGUUGAGACAGAAGCAGAAGCCGAGGCAGAUGCCGACACACACAUGUACCCACAACCACACUCCCACUCACAGCCAGCGUCGACAUCUCCACAUAGCAACCACAGUAGCCACAAAACAUCACCUAUACUCGCUAACGUCUCGACACCUUUUAGAAACAGGAUGAGAUACAACCGCACCCGGCCGAGCUUCGCACCGCAAACCAAACCGCCCUCACCGCCCGAGACGCAAACGCGGUCCGCUCCCACGCUGCUCUCGUCUACUACGCCCAAAGUAUCGCCGCCGCGCAGACGCUCGUACAUGCACAACGAGAACUUGAAUCACGAUCACAAUCGCCAUCAAGAUGACAACUAUGACUACGCGGAUAGUAGCAGUAGCAGUGGUUCUUCCACAUCCCUCCCACAGGUAGAUACGGGUUCACUGGAGAACUCGCCAGCUAAAGCUACACCGCCGCCUCCUGUACGCCCACGCUGGUCGUUUGGCGGUCGCAGGAGCUUAAGGAGUGGUAUUCGUGAGCAAAACGGGGCGAAUAAGUGGAGGGAUAUAGAGGAACCUAUCAAAGGGGAGCAUGGUGAGCGUGUUGAACAUGAUGAGCCAGAGAAAUCAGAAAAACCAGAGCAUUCACAUCAACCAUCUCUUAUUAAAGACACAGCCAACACCCAGAGUAGUCCCCAAAACCACUCCAAGUCCUUCAAGAGUAGCUUCAAAGCAGGCGCAAACACCGCGUCUAAAUCAGUCAGUUUCGUUAAUGGGUUGGGUGUACAUGACGAUAUCCUCGACGACUCGGAGGAUUUCAUCAACGGUGCUCACGACGCUCUCGUACAGCUGGAACAUAACGCUGAGAAUGAGAUGAAGCAGAGCCCGCGAAAGAAUUCAGAGAGCUUGAGAGAAAUUAAGAAGAUACCUCGGAAAGUUACAGAAGAGAGCGACAUUAUGGGGGUGAGUGCGCCUCAGAGUGCAACCGAUAGUGCAACCGAUAAACUACCUGAUAAUUCACCCGACAAGAGCAAUUCAUUCGACCGAUAUUUGCAAAAGCAUUCAAAUAAUAACCAUGGCAACAGCACGCAUCUCAGCGCAGGAGACUUGGCGAGAGACAUUCCCAACUACAGCAUCAUGAAAACACCACAACCCCCUGGCUUUUAUCCGAUGACACCAGCUCAUAUACCCCGUAAUCGUCAAUCUACGCCUGUAAAAGGCGAUAGUGGGGCGGAGGAAGGAGCAGAUAACUCCAGUGCUGAAUUCGAUGUAACGAAGCUGGAGGACAAUCUCGAUUUAUCUUUAGCCCGCAACAGUAUGCUUAAGACGCCGCAGGCACCUGGAUUCUAUCCCAUGACUCCAGCACAAGUCUAUAAAACAUCACCGAUAAGCUCAAACGACAGUUUCGAUGUCGUUGAUGAAGAUGACCAAGUUGAUCAGGGGAGCAGAGGAAAAGAGGAGAGGAAAGCAGCACCAGACGCUUCCCUCUUUGUUGCACUGAGUGACAUAGAAGAAGCGCUUAAGUCGACAGCUGCAGAUGUCGAGCGGAGGAAGAAGGAGCGGCAACCACAGACGCAGACGCAGAACAAGAUUCUCGACGUCUUCCGCUCGGACAAGAGUGGAGAGGGUAUGGCGAAGAAGGCGCAUACGCGGACGAAUGAUGCUCUCGCUGCCUAUAAUCAAUAUACUCAUCGCGAUACAAAUCCACCUAGCGCAGCAAGCAGGAGGCAGAUACGCCGAGCUAACGCGGCCAACGUGACAAACCAGAGGUUUAGUCGUGUCAAUACUUUCAACCUUAUCGUACUUGCUACACAAUUAAUUGCUGGAUACUUAAUCUUACAACACGUGUAUAAUACACUCUUCAAUUCUUUCCUCACUAAUUACUUCGACCCGCUCAAUCCGGAUAUAUACGUGAGCGAGUACGCAGACAACCGCGCAUUCCGAUACCGCGGGCUGCUCGAUAGAUUCCAGGAACUUAUCAGCGUGAUAUCCAAUGAGUAUAUCUACGGAAGACCGUGGCCGCCGUCAUAA